AUGUUCAUUCCCUUCCUUCUUCAAUUCUUUCUGUGUUGGUUUGUUGUGUGGUGUGUUCAGACUUUUCUCCCGCCACCCGACAAGACUCCAAACAACACUUCCUCUACUGUAAAUAAUAAUUAUCAACAACACAAAGAAAACAACACGAAGGAAUUACAUAGAAAUGAUGAAGGAAAGUUAUUGUUUUUGUGUGAGUUGAGAGAGACGAGGGAGGCUUUGCAAAAGGAUUUGGAGGAAUUAAUUAAUACUAAUAAUAAUAAUAUUCAUCAUGAUGAUGAUGAUGACGAUAAUUUAGUAAUACAAAAAGAAGAGGAUAAUGUAGAAUUAAUAUCUAAAUUAUCAAAUAGUGAUGAGAAGGAAAUAUUAAUGGAAUGUAAAGAAGAAUUCGGAUUGGAGACAAUUAGUAAUGUAAUUCAAGACGAUCAUCAUUCUAGUCUUCAAAAUACUACUACUGAAGACGAAGAAAAACUUGCCGAAUUUAUUCAGGCCAUCAUUCAUGCUCAUGACAGCAAUAGACACCUACGAAACCAAUAUCAUUCCAUUGAAUUGAUCGGACAAGUGUGUAGGAAUUAUUUGGAAAGGAAGGAACACGAUCAAGAAAGAAACAGUCUCACCAAUUUACAAUCAUUGAUUAAAAGAAGAUUUAAUCAACAGGUUAUGAAGAGUGAUUUGGAAAAACUAAACUUAGUGACGGGUUUUUUGCAUUCCAAGCAGAUACAGUAUCGUAUUGCUGAGGAGAUUGUCAUGUUGAGAAUGAUUCAAUCAGUCAUUAGAGGAAAUUCACAAUAUUGUGAUUUCAAGAACCAAGUUAAUUGUACUGUUAUGGUGCAAAGUCGCUGGAAGUCUGCAUAUUUGAGAAGGGAGUUUGAUGAGAUGAAAGAAACUUGUCAAACAGUUCAGAGUUUAACAAGAGGAAGAACUCUAAGAGCUCAUUUCACACAAUUUGUACAAAAUGCUAGUUUUAUUCAAGGUAUUAUCAGAAAAUAUCAAACUAACAAGCUUGUCAAGGAUAAUUUGGCAAUUAUUGAAGUAAUUCAAUCUUGUAUGAUUGGUAGAAAUGCAGUGAAUUCUUUUGUAAACUCAAAAACUUGUAUUGAGGCUAUUCAAGCAUUUUUAAUUGGAAAAUUAGAAAGAAUCAGAACUAAAGAAUUGGAACAUGAGAAAUGUAAAGUGGAUUGCACAUCCACAUUACAAGCCACAAUGAGAGGAAAUUUAGUGAAGAGAGAAAAGGAGUUUCAAUUAUCAGCUGCUGAAUGCAUUCAAGCAACUAUUGUAGGUGCCUUAGAGAGAAAGUUACUUCAUCAAGCUUUAACAGAGCAAUCAUUCUUAACCGAUGUUACUUUAAUGCAAAGUUUAAUUAGAGGAAAAAUCGAACAAGAUGCAAUUGAAAAAUGUUGGAAUUUAGUAAUAUCACUGCAGAGUUCUUUAAGAGGUUACAAGGAAAUACAACAAUUCGCAACCUCCUUGCAGUCUACGGAGAUUAUACAGUCUCUGGUUAGAGGGGCUUGUGAGAGGAGAAAAUACUCAACUGCUGUUCAAAAUAUUGACACGUUGCAAACCUUUUUCAAAGCUCAAAUAAUCAGGAGCGAAUUAUCCCAAUACCAGAAUUCUUCUCUUUUACUAGGAGCUUUCUUUGAGAAACAUUCAGCCAAAAGGAAAUUCAGAGAAGAGAAGCAAUCAUUGACAAAUAUUCAAGCGAUAUUGAAAGGACAUCUUUCUAGAGAGAACUAUGCAAGCUCGAUAUGCAGUGUAAUAACUCUUCAAGUUAAUCUCAGAUCAGCCCUUACAGCCAGAGAGGUCAGCAAAGAAAUGGACGAAAUAACCACAAUUCAGGCAUUUCAAAGAGGUAGUAUCUGCAGAAGAGAAGCAUCCUCUAGUUUGGCAUCAGUUUACUACUUGGGAGGAUCAAUUAUUGGAAAAAUUGAACGUUCUACCUUUUUGAAAUGUUUAUCCUCGGUUUAUGAUAUUCAAGCUUCAAUAAUUGGCUCUAUUAAAAGAAAGAGAUUGAAACAUAUAUACGCUCUAGUAGAAAAUAUCUUAGCUCUAAGAGAAAGAAAGAUUGAAGAAGAGCUUUUGCAAAGCAGUAUUCAAAAAAUUACUAUUCUCCAAUCUAUUGUUAGAAGAAACAAUGUCCUUACACCUAACGUUGCAUUAACAAUACAAUCGAAUGUCAAGGGAUAUCUUAUCAGAAGAGAAAAACAUGAGGCAACGGAGAACAUUAAGACUCUAUCAGGCUUUCUUCAAUCAUCUCAAUCAAGAAAGGUCCAUCAAAGCAAAUUGACACAAAUCAUUCAAUUGCAAGCAAUUAUUCGUGGAAAUUUAUCUAAAAAGUAUAGAGAUCAAAGGAAAUCUGAUCUAUUAUGUUUACAGGGCUUAAUAAGAGGUUAUUUGUGGAGAAAUGAAUCCUAUUUGUAUAUUCCUAAUACUAGCUUGGCAGUUGCUCCAAUUUCUGUCACUGAAACCAUCAAGAGAAUAUUUGAAGAUGAAAUCACAGAGGAUUCAUCAGAUAGCAGUCCUACUGAAGUUAUUCCUCCAACCAGUAGAAGAGUUCCAUCGUUUGAUGCAGUAACAGGAGGAAGAUCUAAACUUUCCCAACUUAUUAAGGACAAAGUUACAAAGUCACCAGUUCUUGAUCUUUCAAAUAUGAAUAUCGAAUCUCUUCCACCAAUAGGAACAGACUGUUAUCACAUAACGGAUUUGAAUCUCUCCAAAAAUAUGUUAGUAACCUUACCAGAGUGGUUCUGUGACAAGUUUCCGAACCUUAAAAGGUUAAAUUUGAGUGGAAACAGAUUUUUCGAUACUAACAAGUUACUUUCAGAAAAUUUAUCACCAAUUUCUCAAACUUUAACCUUCCUUGAUUUGAGCAAGAAUAGAUUAGAGUACUUUGAAUUGCAUUACAUUGAUGAAAAUGAUAACGUUAUGACCACAAAUUUCCCAAACCUAACUAGUUUGAAUUUGAGUUAUAACCAACUUUUGAAUGUUUCCAGUGAAAUGUUUGAGCUCGUCUCUUUAAACAAACUUGAAAAUCUAGAUCUCUCACAUAACCAAUUGCUUACUUUUCCUACUUUGAAAUCUUCUGAUCUAUUAAAGAGAUGGAAGGAUUUCAAGGUUAUUAAUUUGGAACACAAUUCUUUCCUCCAAUCUGAAAUUGGUAAGAUAUUUUACAUGUUCAAAAAGCGUCCAGACUUGUUGAAACAAUUGAAAGGUCAGCUCUAUAAGCGAGGAGCUGCCAAGGAGAGUGAAUCAAAGCAAGUAAUGGAUGAUUUGGAAAUUAAUGCAGAGAUUGGCGCUCUAAUGGAGGAGGAAACUCAAACGGAAAUGACAGAAAUGGCUUAUCAUGAUCAAUUCAAAUCCAACCUCACCUCACUAGGAAGUAUAAGAACUAUCAACACUAAUAGUGACUAUGAUUCAGAAGAUGAUGAAUUGAUGACUGAUAGAUCUUUCUACAGCUCUACAUCUAAUUUAUCUUCUGGAGGAAUUAGUCCUAGAUUUAGUUCUCCAGCUCUUCCAAGAAAGAACAGAGCUAAUUCAGCAUCUCCAUUCUUGUUAGGUCAAACUCCAAAACAUAGCAAUAAUACAGAAAGUACAGAAGGUUCACCAAGAACUGAUCUGGAAAAAGAUACCCCAGAACUAGAUUCUCCAAAGACACCAAGAUUAGAACUUUUAGGACAACCAAAGCCAAUAUCAAUCAAUGUUUUGACUCCAAUAUCAGGUCAGGCCAAAUAUAGCUUUAUUCAAGAUAUUCCAACAGUGCAAUCAACAAACACACCAACUACUUUCACUCCUCCUGAUUACGAAACUAAAACUGUAAAUAUUCCAAAGCUCAAUUUGAACUCAGCUCCAUCACCUAAUACUCCAAACAAUCAAUUAACUUUGAAUGCUGACAAUUUCCUUUCCGCUCGUUCUGCGUCUUCUGAUAAUAUGAGUACACCUAAUUCUUCAUUGGCAAGUCCUGUUGUUGAAUCUGAAAAUUUGAUCUUUAUUCUCAAUACUGAAGCUCUCAAAGACUCUUUCAAAGAUUUCUGCGAAAAGGAACACUCUGGAGAGUCUAUCGAAUUUUAUGAUGCUGUUUCUUCAUUCAAGAAACUCUCUAACCCAGUCGAAGUUAGAGAUCUUGCCUGUAAUAUUUAUGAUUUAUUCAUAAAUCCAAUAGGAAAACACGCCCUUAAUAUAAAUAAGAAACAAAUAGAUAAGGUAAAAUUGGAUCUAUUCAAAGAGGAUGGAACACUCACAGAAGUGGUUUCAACUGGAACUUUUGAUUCUUUAUUAUAUUAUGUAAAAAUGAAUUUGAUGGAUCCUCUGAAAAGAUACAAGGCAACAGAGGAAUUUAAAAAGUUGGAUGAAUUUGUCAAGAUGCCACCUGUGGAUAUUCCACUACCAAGACCAAAGUGGGGCACAGCAAGACAUCCACUUUUGAAGGUUGGAGAAUCUAAAAAACAAUUCAGAAGAAAGAAAAUUCCAUACCUUUCAACUCCAAAACCUUCCACAACCAACAGUAAUAACAGUACUAGUGAGGACAGAACACCUACUAUUCAAGGAAGUAUUUCUCCAAUCCCAGAGAGAAAGAGUAUCAAUAUCAAACAGAUGAAGAAUAGAAUUAACAACCUUAUGGAAAUUUUACACUCCGAGAGAAAGUACCUCUCGUUUCUCAUAGAUUUAUGGGAAAUGUAUUACAUGCCUCUCGUGGAUAACAAAUAUUUGAAAGGAACUGAACAACCUGUUUCUAAAAAGAGAAAAUCCACUUCUGAGCCACCAAGCACAAGCGAAGAUUCGACUCUCAAAAGAAAAAUCUCGUUCAUUGAUAAGAUUUUCAACAAGCAAAAGAGUUCUUCCUCAUUAAAGGAUGAAGAUAAGAGAUUGGUCGGUAAGAAGGAUGCUCUCGAGAUGUUCCCAGCCAAUUUAUUUACCAUUAUCACUUUCAACAAGAGCUUUUUAGUUUCAUUGGAGGAGAGAUUUGCACUAUACAGCGAGGAGCAAGAAGGUUCAAUUAUUCCAAGAAUGUACAACAUGAUGAUUGGAGAUAUAUUCGAAAAGAGUAUUCCAUACUUUAGAAUUUAUGAAAAUUAUUUGGAAACUUAUGAAAGUUGUAUGAACAAAAUUAGACAAGUCAGAGCUCAAAACAAGGAAUUUGACACCUGGAUUAAGAAACGUAAAUCUCACCCAAGAAGUAGAAAUUUGGAAAUUAAUUCACUACUUGUGGUUCCUGUUCAAAGAGUUGUCAGAUACAAACUCUUAAUUGAAAAUCUUAUUGAAACAACUGAGGAAGAUCAUCCAGACCAUAUUCACUUACUUAAAGCUCUGGAUAUGAUUGUGGAUGUUGCCAACCAACAAAACAAUAAUAUUCGUCUUACUAAUAACCGUGUCAAGGUGAGAAUGUUGACACAACUCUUUGAUUUUUAUGAACAAUUGGGAGCUUCCUCAAUUUCUUCAGGAGGUGUUGUAGAAGAUAAUUUAUUAAUUAGAGAAGGAGAUGUAGAGAUUCAAAUAAUGAAGGAUGAAAAAUCCAGUCCAAAACGAUCCUACAAGGUUCAGAGAGCAUACCUCUUUACUAAUGUCAUUAUAUUUGUGGAAAAAACCAAACAAGUUGACAAACAAAUUACACAAGAAGAAAAUACCAAAUCAUCAGAAAGCUCACAAGGUGAAACAAAUACCAAUAUGGAGUUGAGAAAAUCCUCAUCGUUCGUUAUGAGAAAAUUAAAGAAGAGUGGAUCUGAAAAUAACCUUACCAACUCACCACCUAUGCACAAGUCAAUCAAGGUAGAGAAGAAGCAUUUCCGUUUGGAGGAUGCCUUUGUUUCAGGAGGAUCAGCACUUACCAUUGAAAUUCGUUUCACAACACCAUCCAUUCACUCCCUCAAGUCAUAUUCAACCAAUGAUUUGACAUCUGUUGGAAAUUUUAAUAUUGGAUCAACAAUCAACUCGGCACGUAGUGCAAAAUCAUCAAACAGUACAGAAGAUAUGCCAGAUUCUGCCAGAAAACGAUCUUUCAGUCUUUUUGGGAAAUUGACAGGCAAACACAAGAAACAAACCAAUAUUUCCAAAGAUCAAACAGUUGCAGUAUUGAGUUUUGAUUCCUCUGAAUUGAAGAAUGAAUGGCUUUUUGAUUUGGAAUCAUCUAUCAAGGAAGCCAAACAACGAGCAGCCAACAAGGCAAGCAAACUCCAAAUUUCCUCAUCCUUUACAAAUUAAUAAUAUUAUUCAAUUUUUCAAAAA